AUGGCACCCACCAAACACUCUUUGGAUCCAAUUACUCCAACAAAGAUCACGCAAACCGUGGAGAUUUUGCGCGCCAAGUAUUUAGACCAGAAGGUGCGCUUCAAGCUUGUCGAUAUAUAUGACUGUCCCAAGGCAGACAUCAUCCCGUACUUGGAGACCGAACGACUCGGGAAUCCACAUUUCCUAUACAAAACCCGCGUCAACGUCACGGCUGGGGACCGCAUGGACUUCGACGACUGGAGCGAGAUUGAACACGAUUGCAACACUCAUCCUGACGUCCUCAAGGAGAUUGAGCUACUGAAGCUUCCAAAAGGCGCUCGCAUAGUAAACGACCCUUGGGCAUACGGCACCGAUGAUUCUGCUGGGCGUCGGCGGCUCUUACAGUGCUAUAUGUACAUUGUUCUUAAUGAUGAUCCCGAGUCCAAUCACUAUUCCUUGCCCGCGCCCUUCUCAUCAGUAUUCGAUGCCAUCACCAAAGAACCCCUCUGGAUAGAUCACCGCUUAGGAGACGGAAAUGAAGUCGAAACGACCACCCCAUGGGAUCCCGUGAACGCCGUUGAAUGUUCCGCAAACUUGUUAAAAGACCCCUUCCAGACCGAUCUCAAACCGCUUCAGGUUCAGCAACCUCAAGGCCCGUCAUUUGAAGUGGGCGGAAGGAAUGUCGUGUGGCAGAAGUGGAGCUUUCGACCUCGGCGACGCCGGGCUGGGGAUGAUGUCGAACUCGGCUGCGACUGCCUCGGGGCUACCAAGUAUUUCGACGGUUACCGCACCACCGCAGACGGCGAUGUGGUUGCCAUGCCCAACGUCGUCUGCAUGCAUGAAACCGGCACCACUUCCGUCGUGCGAAACAGCCAGCUGAUCGUGCAAUGCACGGCGACCUUGGCGAAUUACGAGUACAAUUUUGCCUUCAUGCUCGACCAGGCCGCCGCCAUUCACUUCGAGCUGAGGGCUACAGGCAUCGUCUCUACCAUGUCUAUCCGGAAAGGGGUCAAGGUCCCAUGGGGCACGAAUGUAGCACCAGGCGUGAUGGCAGCAAAAUAUCAACACUUGUUCAAUAUCCGUGUCGACCCAGCUAUCGAUGGCCAUGCCAACACCGUCGCCUACGAAUCUCAUGUGCCCGCCGGUUCCGAGGACGAAGACCCGUUUAGAUGUGCGUUCAAGAUCGCGGAGACCACCGUCACCAAAGCCGGUGGCUACGCACUCGACGUCGACAAGACCCGGUAUGAUGACAUGAAGCCAAACACCUUCAACGCGAAACGCGCACUCUUCGCGUCCAAGCCGAUCUGGGUUACACGGUACCAGGACGACGAGCUGUUCGCCGCCGGCGAGUUCACGAAUCAAAGCAAGGCAGAUACCGGGCUGGGUGUCUGGGCCACGCGGGAUGAUGAUGUGAAGGACACGGACGUAGUGCUCUGGCACUCGUUUGGCUGGAAUCAUGUGCCGAGACCAGAAGGCAGUCCGAAGCCGUCCAGCUUCUUCACGCAGAAUCCUAGCAACGAUGUGCCGCGCUCUAGCCAAGCGAUAAAUAAGUCUACGUUGGUGGAAGCGUCUUGUCACAAGCUGUAG